CACUUGCCGUAGAACACCCGGAAGAGGUGCGGCUAUGGUGUUAGCCAGCUAGCAUGCUAGCAAUUCCAGGCUGUCAAAUGUUAUGGCAAAAUGCUUAGCAAGAAGUAAUAUCUUAUUUAUUAAUGCGGGCUCAUGUGGCGGGGAUGUGGCUAAAUAAUGGGAAAUGUUUUUGGGAGAAAGAGUCGCCCCUCUCGAGUAACGGAACAAGACAAAGCGAUUUUGCAACUGAAACAGCAGAGAGAUAAGCUGAAGCAGUACCAGAAGAGGAUCACACUACAGCUGGAGAAAGAGAGGCUUCUGGCCAAACAGCUGCUGAAGGAUGGGAGAAAAGAGAAGGCGCUGCUGCUUCUCAAGAAGAAGCGAUAUCAAGAUCAGCUUCUAGACAAGACUGAAAAUCAGAUUUCAAAUCUAGAGCGCAUGGUUCAAGAUAUUGAGUUUACCCAAAUAGAGAUGAAAGUCAUCGAGGGACUCAAGGUUGGCAAUGAUUGCCUGAAGAGUAUGCACGAGGUCAUGUCUAUAGAGGAUGUGGAGAGAAUCCUGGAUGAGACCCAGGAAGCUAUUGAGUAUCAAAGGCAAAUAGAUGAGAUGCUGGCCGGGUCCCUCACACAGGAAGAUGAGGAUGCUGUUCUAGCAGAGCUGGAAGCUAUCACUCAGGGAGAAGAUGUAGCACUUCCAGAGGUCCCCACUGAGCCAGUGCCAGAAGUCCCAGAGGCAGCUAAUGCUGAGCCAGAGAGGAAACCAUCAAAAAACAAGCCCGACAGAGAGAUGCUGGCAGCCUAAUGGACUGAAUUUGGUGUAGAUAUCCAGUGUUGGCCUCACACUACAUGGAGAAGGCAUACGCUGUUUGUACUGAUGGGCAUUCUCUUACUUAUAGUAUUUCAUCGUUAAAGAAAAGCAGAGAUGUUUGUUUCUGGGCCAGUGCACCUUUUCACAUUUCAGAAGAUAAGCAUUGUGUCCGUACUUUGGUUUGCUACUCCUUUCCACUGUACACAUUUUGUAAAUGACAAAUGAACUACAUGAAGGAACGUGAACUAUUCCAGUCUUUUGUGUCUGACUGAUUUGCAAAGCAGUGUCACACUGUAACUGUAAUGAUUAUGGUAUAACAGGAUGACUAAUUUUUAGAUGUUUUACAUAUUAAAGUCAAGUGUGGCAAA